AGUUCAUCGAAUCCCGCUAUGGCUUGGAAAUGAAUGGCCUGACGGUCAGCAACAUCAACCGCGCGAUCAUCAACGGCGAAAAGAAGGGCGUCUUCUUGUUGCCCAAGGGCGCCAGCGGCAAAGUCAAACUUGCCAAGGGUGCUGCACAUGAUAAAGAGAAUAAUGCCCCUAACACCAAGUCUACUCAACGCCGUGCACAAGUUGCCAAGAACAACGCAAAGAAGGAGAAGGAAGCCGCGAAGACUGUCAAGACUCCUGCCCCUAAGAAAGCACCUGCUGCUCCCACAAAGAAGGCUACCGGCACGUCUGCUGCUCCAUCUCGUCAGCCCUUGAAGAAAGCUUCUACGAAUGUAAAAUCUUCGACUACCAAGAAGACUCCUGCCACCAAGGCCACUAAGGCAGCCAAGCCUGCUGCACCAAAGAAGGCUGGUAUCACCACUGCCGAACGCAAGAAGAAGGCAACUAAAGUCACCGCUGCCGCGGCCAAGACCAAGCGUGAAUCUGGGGCCGCUUCGACCGCUGCUAAAGGUCGCCGCGCCUCUACCAAGGCAUAA